AAGGUCUCACAGAAAGUCAGGGCCUAGCCAGUGGUUAUAACCAACCUCCGAGUGAAAGUUUCAGACUCCCGUUUUAGCAAAGCGAGGAGAGGGUCGCUCGGCCAAGAUGAAGUUUAUGAAACUUGGCACCCGGCCUGACACCUUCUUCUCCAAUGAGUCCGUGAGGUCUGUCUGCACAGAGGUCGCCACUGACCUGCAAAUCUUGGUGGGUGACUGCUUGUAUCAGCUUCACAAGUUUCCCCUGCUCUCCAAAUGCCUGCUUCUGCAGGCCCUCUGCGCCGAGUCCGGGUGCGGCGGCAAUGGCGGCGAGGUGAUCGAGCUCCCGGGCUUCCCGGGCGGCGUGGAGGCGUUCGACGCCUGCGCCAAGUUCUGCUACGGCAUCACCGUCACAGUGAGCGCGCGGAACCUCGUCCCGCUCCGCUGCGCGGCGGCCCACCUCGGCAUGUCGGAGGCCGCCGACCGCGGCAACCUCGCCGCCAAGCUCGACGCGUUCCUCGCCUCCUGCCUCCUCCGCCGCUGGAAGGACGCGCUCGCCGUGCUCAACUCGACGCGCCACUACGCGCCGCUGUGCGAGGACAUCGGCCUCACCUCCCGGUGCGUGGACGCCGUCGCGGCGCUCAUCUCCAACCCGGCCGCGCUCCCCGCGCACUCGACGUCGGCGUCGCCGUGGUGGGCGCACGACGUCGCCGAGCUCGGGGUUGACCUGUUCUGGCGCAUCAUGGUGGCCGUCAAGGCGACCGGCGCCGUCCACGAGAAGACCGUCGGCGACGCGCUCAAGGCGUACGCGCGCCGGUGGCUGCCCAACGUCGCCAAGGACGGGAUCAUCAGCGCCGACCAGCCGUUCGACGGCGCCAGCGGCAAUGCCGACGACGGGAAUGCCAGCGUCAAGCAGAUCGCCACGAGGCACCGCCUCCUGCUCGAGAAGAUCGUCAGCCUGAUCCCGGCGGAGAGGGACGCCGUCUCCUGCAGCUUCCUCCUCAAGCUCCUCAAGGCGGCGAACAUACUCAGCGCGUCCGCCACGUCCAAGGCGGAGCUGGUGCGGAGGGUGGCGUGGCAGCUCGAGGAGGCCACCGUCGGCGACCUGCUGAUCCCGUCGCUGUCCUGCGUGAGCGAGACGCUGUACGACGUGGACGCCGUGGCGGCCAUCCUCGACGAGUUCGCGCUGCGGCAUGCGGCGGCGACCGCCGCCGCGGCGCCCCCGCCGGGGCCGGCUCUGAGCCCCGACGACAGCCCGGCGCGGUCUGGCGGUCAUCGGCGGUCGCGGUCGGCCGAGAGCGUCGGGUUCGACGGCGCGCGGCGGUCGUCGUCGGCCGCGCCUGUGUCGCCUGAUGCGCUGGUCAGGGUGGGCAGGCUGGUCGACGGUUUCUUGAUCGAGGUGGCCAGGGAUCCCAACAUGCCGCUGGACAAGUUGCUCUCCAUUGCCGAGGCCGUUGCGGACACCGGCCGGCCGGAGCACGACGGCCUCUACAAAGUCGUCGACACUUACCUCAAGGUGCAUCCGGAGAUGAGCAAGAACGCAAGGAAGCGGCUGUGCCGGGUGAUCAACUGCCGGAAGCUGUCGGACAAGGCGUGCGCGCACGCGGCGCAGAACGAGCUGCUCCCGCUCCGCGUGGUGGUGCAGGUGCUCUUCUUCGAGCACGCGCGCGCGGCGGCGCUGGCGGGUGGGCACGCCGCCGCCACCGAGCUGCCCAGCAACAUCAGGGCGCUGCUGCAGUCCAAGUCCGGGUCGGAGGCGGACGACGACGCCGUCGACCGCGUGGACGAGCAGCGGCUCCGCGCCCUCGCCGCCGGCGCGUCCCCGGGCGACGACUGGAGCGUCGAGGGCCUGCGGCGCGCGGCGUCCAAGAUCGCCACGCUGCGGAUGAAGCUGGAGGAGGACGACCACGACGGCGCCGACGACGACGAGUUCGUGCGCAAGCAGGCCGCCGGGCUGGCGCGCAGCGCGUCGCUGCGGUUCAGGGCGUUCUGCGCCAUCCCGGCGGGGAAGCCGAAGCGGAUGCUCAGCAAGCUGUGGCCGCUGGCCAGAGGCGUCACCACCGAGCGGCAUUAGCAUCCGGCCGGUAGCCAUUACUAGGUUUCUGUAAUCUUCUUCUACUUCUUCUUCUUGGGUUUCUUGCUUGCCCAAGCCAUGAGGAUGCAGGUUUUUCUUUGUUCAUCUCUUCUUUCUUUUACAUCUUCUUGCUUCUCCUUUUCAAUUACAGUGUCAAAGGCCAAGUGUACCUUCCAGGCUUCCAUGUAGUUGUAAUCUUCUUUUAUUGUGAGGCAUGUAGUUGUAAGCUUAAUUAUUAAAAAUAAAUAGGAAUUGCACAGUUUA